AUGUGCACGGUUGUGGCGAUCGCGGCGGUAGUUUGCUUUCUCAUGGCGCGGGCGAUGUGGCGGGCCGGAGCGCGGGAGGCGGUGCUGGAGGCUGACCUGGUGAGGCAGAAGGAGGCGCUCCGGCAGGCGGAGCGCAAGAGCAUGAACAAGAGCAAUGCCUUCGCCCGUGCCAGCCAUGACAUCCGCUCCUCGCUAGCCGCCAUUGUUGGGCUCAUCGAGCUCUCCCGAUUGGAGGCCCACGACAACCCCAACCUCACCUACAACCUCGACCAAAUGGAUGUCGGCACCAACAAGCUCUUGGAUAUACUUAACACGAUCCUGGAUAUGGGCAAGGUGGAGUCCGGGAAGAUGCAACUAGAGGAGGUGGAGUUCAAGAUGACAGACGUGCUUGAGGAAUCCAUGGACCUAGCGAAUGUCAUCGGCAUGUCAAGAGGCAUCGAGGUAAUCUGGGACCCCUGUGACUUCUCCGUGCUUCGAUGCACUGCCACCAUCGGUGACUACAAGCGUGUCAAGAAGAUCCUUGACAACCUACUCAGCAAUGCCAUCAAGUUCACGCACGAAGGCCACGUCAUGCUUCGGGCAUGGGCUAACCGCCCAAUCAUGAGAAGAUCCAUGAUAAGCACCCCGACGAGGUUUUCUCCCUGCCGUCGCCCUGGUGGGGUCUUCCAAUGGCUCCUAGGAAGGAGGGAGAACUGUAAUGAACAUAAUGGCUGCAUGUCCUUGCAAAACGACUCCAAUUCGGUUGAGUUUUAUUUUGAGGUGGUUGACACUGGUGUGGGAAUACCCAAGGAUAAGAGGGAGUCUGUGUUUGAGAACUAUGUUCAAGUGAAGGAAGGGCAUGGUGGUACCGGGCUUGGACUUGGAAUCGUGCAAUCCUUUGUUCGUCUGAUGGGAGGAGAAAUCAACAUAAUGGACAAUGAGCAAGGGGCAGCGGGAACAUGCUUCGGUUUCAACGUGUUCCUAAAAGUGAGCGAUAGUCCAAAGGUUGAAGAGGACCUCGAGCAAGGGAGGACGCCGCCCUCGCUCUUCAGUGAGCCCGCCUGCUUUAAGGGCGGGCAAUGCGUCCUCCUUGUCCAUGGCAACGAGACCCGCCGGAUCCUCCACACAUGCAUGGAAAGUAUCGGGAUGAAGGUCUGGCCCGUCCCAAGCACCGAGCUCCUCGCGUCGAGCCUCGACAAGGCGCGCAUCGCCGGCGGUGCCUCACCCUCGAGGCCGGCUUUGAUGUCGUCGUUGCAUGGCGUCGGAGACGGCGACUUCGAUUGCACCACAGAUCGGUGCUUCAGUUCCAAGGAGAUGGUUAGCCACCUGCGGAACAGCAGCGGCAUGGCCGGCAACCACGAAGGGCAUGUUCACCCCUUCGGCCUGCUAGUCAUCGUCGACGUCUCCAGCGGGAUGCUCCACAAGGUCGCCCGCGAGGCGGUGAGCUUGGCGAGGAUCAGGCACCAGGCACCGUGCAGGGUCGUCUGCCUGACCGACCUCAAGACCCCCUCCGAGGAUCUGAGGAAGUUCAAGGAGGCGGCGAUCUGCGAUCUUGAUCUGCGCAAGCCCAUCCAUGGAUCCCGGCUGCACAAGCUCCUCCAGGUCAUGAGAGAUCUCCAGGCCUCCCCGUUCCAUCAGCAGCAUCCUUAUCAGUUCGGGACAGCCAUGAAAGAAGUACCAGCGGCAGAUCAGACCUCUGAAAUCACGCCCGUGGCAGCUGCGGCGGCGCUCCAGGGACCGACCGAUGUUGGAGACGGCAAGCCGCUGGAGGGCAUGCACGUGCUGCUGGCGGAGGACACCCUGGUGCUGCAGAUAGUCCAGAAGCAGGUGCUGACCAAUCUCGGAGCAGCUGUAGAAAUUGCCACGGAUGGCUCCAUGGCUGUGGCCAUGUUCACAAAAGCUCUUGAGGGUGCAAAUGGCGUCCCAGAGAGUCAUGUAGAUACAGGGGCCAUGCCCUACGAUGUGAUUUUCAUGGAUUGCCAGAUGCCGGUGAUGGAUGGCUAUGAGGCGACGAGGCGCAUCCGUGAGGAAGAAAGCCGUCAUGGUAUCCGCACCCCGAUCAUCGCGCUGACCGCGCAUUCCGAGGAAGAGGGUCAGCAGGAGGCCAUCCAGGCAGGGAUGGAUCUUCACCUGACAAAGCCGAUACCGAAGUCGAAAAUCGCAGAGAUUGUUCUUGAGCUCUGCAACGAAAUUAAGAAGUGA